GAGAGAGAAGGAGGAGCUCUCUUUUUUUUAUUUUAUUAUAUACAUACAGUUUUUUCAAACUCAGACAGUGAAGUGUCUUAUGCGAGUCGCAGUGCCCCACCACCGGCUAGUUCAAGUCCUGACGCCGUCGCGCUCAGGUGUGCAAAUCUAUUCACCUCUCCGAAAACCCUAAAUCUCAAUCGGCAAAACCUCUGACACGAGAAGUCAAGUAUCGCCCGUACGCGCAAACAGUCGCAAUCAGUUACCGCUGCUGCUGUGUUUUUACUGUUCAUUGUAACAAACGGAUAUUCUUUUUUUUUUUUCCACACAUUUCUUCUAUCUCAUGCGGGUUUCCUUUUAAUUUAACGACGUGCAAGUGGUCAGUUAUUCCCUGAUUUAUUCAUUACGCAAAACAAAAACAAAAAUUCCCCGAGUUCGUAUGGUGUUUCUUUACUGUGUUUGAUUGGUGUCACAUUCUUCGGUGGAAAUCGCUUGUGUAACUCAAAACAAACAAAGUGAAUUGCCUCUACUUCAAAAAUGUACGAGAAUUCGUCGUCACCAGUGUCGGCAAGACAACAACACGAGGCCGAGAUCCUCCGUCGGAUGAGCGCCGCCCGAUCCAGCGCUUUCAACGUCGUUGCUCCUUAUUCACUCGAAGCUCAGCAACAAAACAUUAGCAAAGAUAUUGAUGGCGUUGGCUACGGAGCCAAUCCAUUCCUAGGCUCAUUCGGCCUAUUGUCGACCUCAUGGCUAGUGUGGUCAUUACAGCAACAACAACAACAACAACAACAACAGUCGCAACAGAAUGGAACGGCAGCGAAUUCGCCUAAUCCAUUUUUCUACCCGUUCGGUGCUGGUCAUCCUCUUCUGCCCAGCGCUGCAUUUCUCCGCGCAUCUCUAGCAUCGGCCAACCGGCCGACAGAACCAGCAUCUCAAGUAUCCCCUGCAUCAGAAGUGCAAACGAAUAGCAAGUGCCGAUCGAUGGCGCCGCAACAGCCGGCCCCCGAAACGCCGCUCAAUUUGAGCACUAAGCCUAAGGCUAAAGGGAUAUGGUCGCCGGCCAGCUUGUGCGAAGAAGAGCAGAGCAGACGGACAACGAACAGCAUCGGCAAAAUGGCCGCUGCGCCUACCGCCACCACAACUACGGCGGCGAGCUCGCCGGAUCGAUGCGAUUCUCCACACAAAGCGACGUCACCCGACUCUCCUCCGCCCAGCGGACGGAGAUCGUCCGAAGCGGAAGACAACAGUCCAUAUCACUACCGGACAACAUCAGCUUCUAAUAACGCGACGGCUCGAUUCGCCCGUGGCCCGACGGCCGCCGCUCUCUUCCGGCCAUUCGACCCGUUUUACAACAUGCGAUUACCUGGUCAUGGCGCAAUGGGUGGCAGCUGGAAGACGGCCGACGAUCACCACCAGAUUCAUCAUCAUCAAUACCAUCAGGAGCCCCAGCACAGUCCGCAAGACAGUCGGCAGAGCUCCGGCGGAGAGGAGAGCGUCUAUUCGGAGAACAUGAAAGACGAGGACGUGACGGCCCACUUCUGCCGCACCUGUGAUCAGUCCUUUUCAUCGGCUCACGCUCUCGAGGCGCACGUGCGUCAAAAUCACUGCGACGCCAUGAUGGACGGCUCCUCCGUCAGCGGAGAUGGUGCUGGACAUCAAAGAAGUUCGAUGGGCGCGUUCCCUUGCUCCCGCUGUCCUAAAGUUUUUGAAGUUGGCGCCAGCCUCGAGCAUCAUCUAGCCACGCAUCACGCCUCACGCUCGUUCCAGUGUAAACAAUGCGGCAAGACAUUUAAACGGUCAUCUACGUUAUCAACGCAUCUGCUUAUUCAUUCAGACACAAGACCUUAUCCAUGCCAGUAUUGCGGCAAACGGUUUCAUCAGAAAUCCGAUAUGAAGAAACACACCUAUAUCCACACAGGUGAGAAGCCGCACAAGUGCAUCGUGUGCAGUAAAGCCUUCAGCCAGUCGUCCAAUCUGAUCACCCACAUGCGCAAGCACACCGGCUACAAGCCGUUCGCCUGCGGACUCUGUGACAAGGCCUUCCAGCGCAAGGUCGACCUGCGGCGGCACCGAGACAGCCAGCACCCGGCCAUGGCCCACCUGCCGCUCCCGCCACCCCUCCCACUCAACAAAAGCGAGCGGACAAACGUCAGCACUGCCACCACCAUCGCUUGAAAAUGUUCAUUUUCCGCUGUCAUGUUUAUGGAAACAAAGAAGAAAUGGAACGAGACAAGACGACGAUGUCAACGAAAAGAAGAAGAAUAAGACAACAAAACAAAAGACUAACGGGGCUGAUACAUUGACCUUAUUAAAAGGCCGUCGGGUCAGACUUUGUUUUCAACUGGAUCAUUUCCAACCAAACGAUGUUUUUAAAGGAGAUGAAGUUAGCGGCCGUGACAGUUGAUCUAUUUAUACAUCACCAUACGUACAGUACACAUAUUGGAAGAAGAUAUGGUUUAGGUACAGAAUCUAACAACACACAAUGCGUGCCUUUAUUCGACAUUAAAAUGAUUUAAUGAUUUUUCGGAAACAAAAAACAAAACAAAAAAAAAAAAAACUAAAACAGAAAUAUUUAAUAUAAUGUGUAUAGAUCUACUUGUUGCUCUAUAGCUCACUCACUCAAUCAAUGGCUCACAGUUUCACGCCAUCCCACAUUCUCCUCCCCCUUUUUGUAAACCAAUGUAGCCCGUCUUUUUUUUUUCUUUCACGAAUCGCUUUUUCUCUCUAGUCUCUUAUUAUGUAAAUGAGCGUCUUUUUUUUACAUGUGAAAAAUCAAUUGUUGCGUCACUUGUCUGUUUAGGCCGAAUAAUGUUUUCACUGUCUGUAAUUAUUCAACGCAUUUGAUAAAUCAGUUUUUCCUUUGAGCUAAUUCACAAUUCACCCCUUUUUAACCAAACACCUACAAAACUGAAUGACUGUAUUUAAUGUAAUUGCUUGUCAUUUUUGUUUUCUAAAUUGUAAUACCCAGUAGUCCAUAUUUACCAGAGUUACCAAUAAUGAGACAAAGAGAAAAGAA